AACUCUUCUCCAUCUUUCUAGACCCUGCUCGGCCAAUUUCCAUGCAGGGCAUCAGCACCCCGUUUAUAAAACAAUGGCUUCUCCUUCGAAGUUUCACCGCUCCCACAAGCUCCUGCAAUGGCGACCCUGCUCAUCAACCCGCGGUGCUCGCCGUUAUUGCCUCUCAAGAAGAGCAGCGUCGGACACCCAUUUGGCCAAUGUGCCCGGAUACCCUUUUCUCUCCCUUCCAGGCCCAGCUCCGCCGUGAGGCCGCUCAGAUCGUCCGUCAAGGACGACCGCGAGAAUGAACCCACCACCAGUUCUGCUUCGGUAGCCGCGGUCUCUGAAAGGCCACCAGUUCUGCACGAGGAUGGAGAGGCGGAGAGGACCAGGGCGUCCGAAGAGAGCGAGGAAGAGGAGAGGGAGAGGGAGAAGCAGCAGGAGAUGGACUGGAAGAGCGACGAGGAGUUCAAGAGAUUCAUGGGCAGUCCUUCGAUCGAGGCCGCGAUAAAGCUGGAGAAGAAGAGUGCCGACAGGAAGCUCAAGGAGCUGGACAGGGAGCGCAGCGACAACCCGAUCGUGGGGCUACUGAAUCGGAUUGCGCGCGAUAGUUUGGCCAGAGAGAGGGAGAGACUGGAGAAAGCUGAGGAGGCCUUCAAAGCUCUUGAUCUUAACAAGUUGAGAAGCUGUUUUGGCUUUGAUACGUUUUUUGCAACUGAUGUUCGGAGGUUUGGAGAUGGGGGCAUCUUCAUUGGUAAUUUGAGGAGGCCCAUCGAUGAGGUCAUUCCUAAAUUGGAGAGCAAACUGUCUGAGGCAGCAGGUCGGGAGGUAGUCGUGUGGUUCAUGGAGGAGAAGGCAGAUGACAUUACUAAACAGGCUUGUGUGGUGCAACCAAAAUCAGAAAUGGAUCUGCAGUUUGAAUCUACCAGGCUGAGCACUCCCUGGGGAUAUGUUAGUGCAGUAGCAUUGUGCGUGACGACUUUUGGGACCAUAGCUCUAAUGAGCGGCUUCUUCCUCAAACCAGGUGCUACUUUUGACGAUUACCUCUCAAACGUUGUCCCUCUUUUUGGCGGUUUCGUUUCCAUUCUGGGAGUCUCUGAGAUAGCCACGAGAGUCACGGCAGCUCGAUAUGGUGUGAAACUGAGCCCGUCGUUCCUAGUCCCAUCAAAUUGGACUGGAUGCUUGGGAGUCAUGAAUAACUACGAGUCCCUGCUACCGAAUAAAAAAGCACUCUUCGACAUUCCGGUGGCCCGUACGGCCAGUGCUUAUUUGACAUCACUAGCACUCACAGUUGCGGCAUUUGUAGCCGACGGCAGCUUCAACGGCGGUGACAAUGCACUAUAUAUAAGGCCACAAUUUUUCUUUAACAACCCUCUGCUUUCUUUUAUCCAAUUCGUCAUUGGACCUUAUACCGAUGAUCUCGGUAAUGUGUUGCCCUAUGCUGUGGAAGGCGUUGGUGUUCCUGUUGAUCCCCUCGCUUUUGCUGGACUUCUUGGAAUGGUGGUGACUUCCCUAAACCUGUUGCCAUGCGGAAGGCUUGAAGGAGGUCGCAUUGCUCAAGCCAUGUUUGGCAGAAGCACGGCCACCUUGCUAUCCUUCGCCACUUCGCUUUUGCUCGGCAUUGGCGGCCUCAGCGGCAGUGUCCUGUGCUUAGCCUGGGGACUCUUCGCGACCUUCUUCCGGGGUGGAGAGGAAAUACCCGCAAAGGACGAGAUCACUCCCUUGGGAGACGAUAGGUUCGCCUGGGGGGUCGUCCUUGGCCUCGUUUGUUUCCUCACCCUCUUCCCCAACGUCGGAGGGACGUUUUCAAGCUCGUUCUUCGAGUCGCCGUUCUUCAGAAGCGAGUUUUGAAACGGAGGGUGAUUGAUCCAAGGGCAGUGGACUUGACGGUAUAAUGAUUGUCACAGUGAUGCUAAGAGAGACGUGUGCAGCAUAAUCAAAUAGAAGGAAACCUAUAGUAAUGUUAGGUUGUGAUGUGAAUGAAAUGGCAAGGGUAAUGGCAGCUCACUGGUGUAGUUUACAUCUUACUCGAGCUUAAUAUGAAAAUUUACUGUAAAGUCCAAGUAUAUUAUAUAUAUAGAUCAAACUUUUCUUUUUUGGACGUAAA